CUGUACAUAGCAUUAAUGGCCGAAUGGGGGAAUUAAAUGAGCUCGUAGAAUCAUUAAAGCAGUUUAAUUUUACCAUUGAUCAAGAUAAUGCCAAUCAAAAUAUCGCUAAUGAAGUCUCAUUACAAUGCAGUGAAAGUUUGCCAGUAAAAUUAAACAUCGAGCUUCAAAAUAUUGAGAGAACCUUACAAGAUAAACAAAUAUUCCAUGAUGUAGCUAUGGAAUUGUCGAAAAUAGGUGGUAAUAAUCUUAAAAUCAUUGUCAAGAAAGUGAUGUGUCGAAUUUUAACACCGGAAAUUGGAAGAGAAUAUAGCUGGGAAGGACACAAGGGAAACCUGAUUUUUAAGGAUUUAAUCCUGGCAAAGUUAGUUCUUAAAUCCGUAAGACUCACCACAAAAAAAAGUCAGGAAAAUAUAACAGAAAAUGAUAUUAUCAACGCCAUUAAAACUUGGUUGGUGAAAGCCAAAUUAAAAACAAAAGAACCAGUACAGCAGAAUGAAGCCAAUCGUUCAACAUAUGAUAGCGAACAUUAAAAAUAUUCAAUGUUUCUUGAAGUAUCUGUCUUUAAGUACAAAUUUAAUAUUGAUAUUUAUUCUGAAGGCCUGCAUAUAAUUGAAUAAUAUAUUGCAUUUGUGAUAGUUAUUAAGUACUAAAUUUAAGCAAAAUACCAAAGAUGCAACCCUAAAGCAAAUAUAGUUUUUUUAUGUUUUUAUAUAAU